AAGUCAUAUACUAGAAAUUGUGCUGCCAACAAUUACCAUAAAAACAGAGCUCCUGUGUGAUGCCACUGAGAACUGUGGCUCACUUUCUGAUACAAGUGACCCACCAAAUAAUGACACCGAAGAAGAUGAUGUACACAAUGCAGCUGGGGACAAAGGACAUCAUCAUGGGUUAUCAACUAGCCCAGUUCCGCACUUUCCUGAAGAGGAGGAGUUCACUAUAGAUACAGCUGCACUACAAGAUAGAGCUGAGCGUGAUGAAGCGAAUCUCCGAUUGUGGUCUCCAAAUGGCCUGUUCCCAAAGUUCUCGUCAUAUGUUCAGCCCCUUCUGCAUGGUGCCUCGAUGAUGGCACAAAGGCACAAGGCGCUCUCCUGCGCUCUGCGCGAUGAGAUCAUCCAGUUCCUAAAUGAACACAAGCUGAUCCAGCACACGAACACGUCAGUCAUGCGCUGGGAGUACUGUGCGCUGGGGCGGUCCUUGGCUGUACGGUACCCCAACAUGGUCUGGGAUCACCCCAAGCCUGGCACGCAGCUGCCUUACAAACAGAAGAAUGCUUGGAGUGUCUUCAUAAGACGCCUCACUGCAUCAAGAAAGGCCCUGAAGUGGAGGAGGAAGAAGAAGCUUCUGAAUUCAUAUUGGACUCCCCAAGGAUCUACAUCUACAAUUAGGACUCCACCCACCACUGCUUCCUAGGCUGCUAAAACGCUGCAUACGAGCAAGUGUUCAAAGCCUUCAGCUACCACCGUGAUGGCUAUAUGCAGUGUCUAAAGAUGUUAGCAGAAUUGUACAAUGCAAACAACAGAAGCCUUCUCUACCCCUGCAAGAAAUAAAAGUAUUCCUGUAUAAUUUUCUGAGAUGUUGCU